UCCGAAUUAGUAAACAGCCUAUCAGAGCAAGGACUUUUACCCCUGCAAAUGGCGUUAAUGUCUAAAAACUUACCAAUAGCCCAAACGCUAGUGAAAAGUGGAUCAGCUAAUAUAAAUGCUUAUGACUCGGAGGGUUCAACUAUACUUAUAGAUGCAGUUAAGAGGGGAGAUAAAUUUGCAGCAGACUUUUUGCUGGAACGUAAUUGUGAAUUAGAUUUAACCUCAAGAUCAACCGCAGAUACUGUUUUACACAUCUUAUGUGCCUAUAAUCCUAAAGAAACGGAUGCCGAAGUAUUUUCAAAUAUGAUAGAAAUUGGUAAAAAAGUUAUAUCUAUGAAACCAAAUAUUAACUUGCAAAAUCGUCAAGGCCAAACCCCAUUACAUUUAGCUAUAGCGUCGAACAACCGUGAUAUGGUGGAUAUUUUACUCGGAGUACCUAAUAUUGAUAUAAAUAUUCGUACGAAUGAUGAAAAAUGCCCUCUGGAAUUAAGUCUCACGAAAAUCACUGACAACGACAUGGAAUUGGCAGAUAAAUUAAUUAAAUUGGGUGCCAGACCGAAUCCCUUGAAAUCGGAAACUCAUGAUAAUCUUUUGCAAGUCUUGGCUGAACGUGGUCUUGAAAACUCUGCAGUGUUCCUUGUUGAUUAUGCUAAUUUAAAUCAUAUAAACAGUCGUGGAUGGACCGCUUUACACAUAGCCGCUGAGAAAAAUCUACCAAAAUUAACAGAUAAAUUGCUUAGGGCGGGUGCCUCUCCAAACAUACAGUCGAGUGUCUCUGAUUUGAAAUCAGCAUUGCACGUGGCAGUAGAAUCAAAUGCAGCUACUGUUAUAGAGAUAUUUGCUAAUUUUGUAUUAGGGGACAAUGGUAACUUACCCCAAAGUAAGGGUGGUCAGGAAGCUCCAAACUUUAACUGCAAAAACGCAAACGGCGAUUCUCCAUUAAGUCUCAGUUUACUCUUAAACCGUACAGAUUUAGUGCCUAUAUUAAUAAGAGGAGGAGCCGAUGUUAAUGCUCGUAAUGGACAAGAUAUGACGCUACUGCAUCAAGCAAUUUUAAAUCAUGAUUCAGACACGGCGGUAUUUCUAUUACAACAGGGAGCAGAUAUGAAUGCACUAACAGGAGAACAAGAAUCGCCACUACAGUUGGCAAUUCAUUGUCAUAUGCCUCAGGUAGUAGAUGCUCUGUGUACCCGUGGUGUUGCCCUAAGCGCCCCUAACAAUAAGGGCGAUGCGCCACUUUGGACUGCAUUGGAGCUGGAAUAUGACGAUGUGGCUCAUGUUUUAGUACGACACGGAGUCGAUACUGAUUGUUGGGGUCCUGGGCCAGAUGGCUGCCAGCAAACUUUGUUACAUCGAGCAAUAGAUGAAAACAAAGAGUCUGCAGCUAUUUUUCUUAUCCGCAGUCAAUGCGAUCUUGAUUCUCCACGUCAGCCAGGCGCAAAUGGCGAGGGUGGAGACGAAGCCAAAGAUAAGGCAUCGCCAUUGCAUUUAUGUGCUCAAUGGGGCCUGACAAAAGUCCUACAGACCUUGAUUGAUCAUGGUGCCAAUGUAAAUGCUUUAGAUGCGGAAAAUAAGACCCCCCUACAUGUUGCCAUCGAAAAUCAACACGAAGAAAUCAUUACCAUUUUGCUCUGCCAUCCGGCAAUUGAUUUAAAAAUUCGUGACAAAAAUGGAAACACUCCGUUUGCGGCUGCUCUAACAAUUCGAAACCACCGCGCCGCACAACGAAUUCUAGAUCGUUUGCCAAAUGCUGCCGAACAAAUGGACUCAAGAGGCAGAAACUUCUUGCAUUUAGCCAUUAUGAGAGAUGACCUCGAGAGCGUUCUUUUCCUUUUGGCUAUUCAAGUUGAUGUCAAUUCACGUGUACACGACGCCAACCAAUCAACGCCAUUGCAUUUGGCGGCAACGUCGCGUAAUGAAAUGAUAACGAGAAAUCUUAUUCUAGCUGAAGCUCGUAUUAAUGAACGUGAUGCAGUGCAGAAAACACCAUUACAUAUUGCCGCAGAGCGUGGUAAUUUACCUGCCGUUUCUGCGCUACUUCAAAAUGGCUCUGAUUACGAUGCUGUCGAUGGAGAGGGUAACAACGCGUUACAUAUUGCUGUUCGUGGUGGUCAUUUGGCUAUCGUAAGAGAACUAUUAACCGAAUCGAGUAUCAAUGCCGAAGCCGUAAACCACAAAGGGCGUAACCCCCUGCACGAACUAUGUCGUACCGGUGAGGACAACAAUGCUGCUGCUAUAUGUGACUUAUUUAUUGAGUGCAUGCCAAAAUACCCACUCAAUGCCCCAGACAUGGAUGGCAAUACACCGCUGUUGUUAGCUUUUAUGCGUGGACAAGCGCCGCUUUGUAAAGUGCUCGUGAAAAACGGGGCUUGUUUAGGCACCGAAAAUCGCGAAGGCAUAAGUAUAUUUAACUUUAAGUUGGCCACUGAUCAAUUGUUGCAUAAACUUCUAGAUCAGUUACCCCAAGAAUCACCAUGGUCAGAAUCUGAUCUUUGUCAGGAAUGCAACACUAAAUUUUCUCUCACAAUGCGCAAACAUCACUGUCGUCAUUGUGGACGUGUAGUUUGCUCAAAGUGUUCCAAUAACGAUGUACCUAUAUUGAAGUUUGGUAUUAAUAAGCCAGUGCGUGUUUGUGGCGUCUGUUUUGAUGUGUUACAAGGUGUAAAUGGAAAUUUGCAAUAGAAAGAAGAGAAACGAAUAUUUGCGUGAUGUUCUUAAGCCAUAUUUCUUUUACAAUAAAACCCGUUUUUUACGCUACAGCACAAUAUAAUAUUAAGCUGAUCAGUGCAUUCCUUAGUUAUUCUUAAAUAUGUUAUUUAAAUAUUAAAGUAAAAUGUAAUUUUAUUUAUGUUAUUUUAUGUAUGAUUUAAUCGAAAGAUAACAAAAAAUAUUACAAUAUUUAAAAUGUUAUAUAAUUUUAAGAAAACUAAACUACACUUUAAGUGAUUGAAAUAUUAAAUGUUUAUACUCUCGUAUCCAUAGCCGUACGAAUUCAUACAUACAUAUAUGGAAUAUAAAUAUUGAUGAUACAUUUCUUUUUCAUAUUUUUCUUUCUAUUUUGAGUACACAUAUACUACAUACAUACAUAUGUUUGUUUGAAUAUUGGAUAGAUAUGGUCCUUGUAUAUAAUGUAAUCUUAUUAUUUUAAGACAAAUUCUAUUUAAAUUGUCUUUGAUGUUUAAUAUACACUCACUUAAGUUUUUAUCAUUUCUGUUUAUCAAAAACAAAUUUUAAUGUGUUUAUUAUUACCACUACUAAACUUUAACUGAAUACGAAAAGAAAAAUAAAUUUUACAACAUAAUUUUAUGUG